AUGAUAGCACUAAGCCUGUCUAUUCUUGGUAUAGCAGUCGCUAUAGGAAAUGCUGAACUGCCGUGGUACUACGGGCGUCCUUAUCCGGGAGCCUCCACUCGAGGAGGAGUGUGGCCAUUGCCUUGGUCCAUUCAAUACGACAACUUCAACCACACCAUAAAUCCAGCGACAUUUCGUUUCGUCUCUAAGGUGAGUGAGGAUUCCCCAAUUGAACGUGUGUAUCGCUGA